AUGGGCGCAACAGGAGCAAACCCCAAAGACUCCAUGAAGUCGACAUGGCGUGACAGCGACCGUAAAGACUGGGGGAGACACCAUUAUCUCAUCGAAUACCUGGGCCUACAACCGACCAACAAAGGCCAAGAAGUCCCCAUCCACCAAAAGACCGACAAGAUGCCAUACCUCCCCCACUGGCAAGCCCACAUCUGGAUCCUCCUCCACGCCUCCUGGCCCCUCGUCCUCCACCAACUCUACGUAAACUACACCCACCACGGUCUCCACCCCAUCGCCACGUUCAUCUUCUACUCCCUAGCCUUCAAACUCAACGCCAUCAGCGAAAUCCACAUGCUGCGCAAACUCGGCCACCGCUACGGCUUCCUCGACGGCGACAAACACGCCCGCGACGACGUCCCGGACGCCGGCGUCUCCAAGACCUUCCACGCCCUCUCCUCGACCUCCACCUUCCGGCCCCUCCUCUCUCUCGUCCUCGCCUACCGCACCCGCCUCGCCCCGAGCACAAUCUCCUACUGGACGCCCCUCGAACUCGGCCUCUACGGCAUCAUCCUCGACUUCUGGUUCUACUGGUACCACCGCCUGAUGCACGAGUACGACGGCCUGUGGAAAUUCCACCGCACGCACCACCUCACCAAACACCCCAACCCGCUCCUCACAAUCUACGCGGACACGGAGCAAGAAAUCUUCGACAUCGCCGUCAUCCCGCUCCUCACCUACGGCACGCUCAAACUCCUCGGCUUCCCGAUGGGCUUCUACGACUGGUGGAUCUGCCACCAGUACAUCGUCUUCACGGAGUUGUUCGGCCACUCCGGCGUGCGGGUUUUCACGACCCCGCCGUCGACGAAUUCGUUGUUUUUGAGGUUGUUUCGGGCGGAGCUGGCGACGGAGGACCAUGAUUUGCAUCAUCGGAAGGGGUGGCGGAAGAGUAUGAAUUAUGGGAAGCAGACGCUGUUGUGGGAUCGGGUCUUUGGGACGGCUGGGGAGAGGAUUGAGAUGCAGGAGCAUUUGAUUGAUUAUCAGAAUCAGGCGAGUAUGUUUUGA